AUGGAGCCAGGGCGCGCGGGAGCAAAGCACGGCCCAACGCCGACUCCGCCCGGCGGGGGCCUGGGCUGCGUCCCUCACCCCUGGCCCAAGAGUCCCCGGCCCACCCGAGCCCGGGCGUACCUUGUUCUUGACCUCGGCCGACAGCCCGUAGGAAGGGCCCUUGUUGAAGUGGGUCAUGGUGGCUUGGAAGGCGAAAAGGGGCUGCGCUGGGGUCCCGGAGUCUGUCGCACUCGGCUUCCCCCUCCUGGCCCCGAGGAGUGGCCGCCGCGGGGGAUGCUCGGAGCUCGCUCCUGGGGCGGCGCGAGAGACGCCCUUGACGCGACGGCGGGGCGCAGGCGGUGCCUGGGUGACUCGGUCCGGCUCGGUCCGACUGGGUCCGCAGAGCGUCGCGCUGCGCUCCGGAGCCCCGCUGGCCGCUUCGCUCGCUGCCCGCACCGCGGAUCCGCACGCACUGCCCCCACCGCCUCCCCGGGGUUUUCAGGGAUUGGCCGACGCGCCCGGCCAAUGGAGGGCCGCCCUCUCCCGCCUCUCCGGCGAGGGGGCGGCGCUCCUCCCCGCGCGGGUCCCGGGCUCCCGCCCCCGCCUCACGCCACCCGGACCCGCGGCGCGGCGGCCACUCCCCUAGACCCGGCCGGGGCACUGGGCGUCGGCCUCUGGCCGGUGUUUGGGGGCUUCCCGGGCUCGGGAGCCUCACGUCCGCCUCCAGGCGCUCUCCGCGCCUCUGGACUCAGCGGGCAGAGGAAGCCCACCAGGGCUGACCUGCCGCCUUCUUCCCUGCCGGGGGCGCCCGGACGCGGGGUGGGGCCUCCCCACCCGCUGCUGGAGUCCACCGUGAGGGACCUCCACCGACACCUGCUCCUCCCUGCCUCACACACCUUGCACACCUGUCGAGCUCACCUCCACCCCGCCGCCGCCGCCACGGGAGCAGCCCAGGCUUUGGGCCAAAUUCGAGCUCACUCAGCCUCAGCCUCUAAAUGGCGUGCGGAAGAAACUGGGGAGUGUCCCAUGGCAAAGCCUGAGACCCUUCAAGUCCGUUUCUGGAUUCGCAGCCCUUUCUGUGCAAACGACGCUAAUCCGGAACUCUGCUGGUCCCAAAACCCAGGCGGCUGUCGCUCUUUUCAUUUUGAAACUGGAGCCCUUUGUGCGGAGAUGAGCAUUUCAGACCAGAGGUGGGUUUCAUCUUCUGGUUUCUUACCGCCGCUGCGGUCAUCUGAUAGGAGCCGAAAGCAGACACUGUCACCUGCCUGUGCUCCUGCCGCUGGCCCAGCCUAGCCGUCCACCAAACGUUGCAUCAUGUACUCCCCCGGAAAACGACUAUCAGGUAGACCCCCUGUCCGUUUCAGAGGUGAAAAAGCUCAGAGACCUAAGCAUCCUGUCCAGGGGUGGGCUGCCUCCACAGCCUCACCUCUUGCCAUCACUUUGGGGUCCACUUUCAGGACAAGUUUCAAUCCCUGAGAGCCCGGUGUGAGAGCUUUGCUUGCCAAACACCAGCCACCUGCUCCGUGGGCCAACCGGCUUGAGAAGAGGAACCAAAAACCAAAAAAAUCUCAUCAUAGUUGAACCACCCUGGCAUGAAAUAAAUAAGGCAAUAUAGGCAAGACAUACACAAAAGCUACUCAUUUUGUGAAGAUUUCCCAGUGACAAUGGGGGAUGACAUUUAGGAGGAGAGUGAGAUUUAUAAAGGAUUUGCUAACUUACUCUGCAGGUGAUAUGACAAUUAGGUCAUUCUUCCUACACAAAGAUGACACAAUCGACCCACUCUUGGUGUGGCAGGCAGCUCGGGCUGUUUUUCCAGUAGGGUGGCAGUGGCAGUGUCUCAUGCACAAGAUUUCACCCACUUUUCUUUAGUGUGAGAGACAGCAGCCAGAUCUGAGGACAAAUCACAGUGCCCAGUCUUGGAGCUUUCCUGCAGCCAUCUACACCCGACUGCCUCUGUUGCACCACAGCCAGAAGAGAAAUAGACAAAAUCAUCUGAAGUUGCUGCCUUGGGGUGAACAAGAUGUAGGUGUGAACUCAUGCAGUUAAUGGGACUGAGAGUGGAGACUCCAUCCAAUAAUGGUGUCUGGGAGGCGGCCCUGGUGGGCGGUCCUUAGCCUUGAGGGCGUGCCUGAAGGUAGUUCUAGAAGAGGACUGGUUAUAAAAGCAGAGCCCGGCCUAGUCACACUUUCUGCUUGCCAGCUUGCUGUGUGUUCCUUCCUCCCCACACACUCUGGCACUGCCAUCUGCCAAACCGUUGGGGCUGGCCUGGUCUUGGGCUGUAGCCAUGAAGAACCAUGAGAGCCCAAAUCAACCUCUGUGUUUGUGGGUUAACACCCUAGUCUGAAGCGCUGGCAUCCCAUGUGGGUCCCAGUUUGAGACCCGGCUGCUCCACUUCCUGUCCAGCUCUCUGCUGUGGCCUGAAAAAGCAGAGGAGGAUGGCCCAGGUCCUUGAGCCCCUGCACCUGCGUGGGAGACCUAGAGGAAGCUCCUGGCUCCUGGCUUCGGAUCAGCGCAGCUGCGGCUGUUGUGGCCAAUUGGGGAGUGAACCAUUGGAUGGAAGAACUCUCUCUCUCUGUCUUUCCUCUCUCUGUGUAACUCUGACUUUCAAAUAAAUAAAUAAAGCUUAAAAGAAAAUUGCCAAACUUUUCCCAAAAUAGUUGUACUAUUUUACAUUCCCAGCUUCUACGGGAGUUCCUGUUCUUGUACUUCUUUGCCAACAAUUGGUAUAGUCAACCUUUUUACAUUUAGCCAUUCUUGUAGAUGUGAAGUGGUUUCUCAUUAGGGUUUUAAUUUGAAUUUUCACAAUAAAUAAUGAUUCUAGGCUUC